CCAAGCGGCCGUGGCCACCGCUCACUCGGCCAGCCAAGCGCGUGGCAACAGCUAGCAGCUAGCUCGGCGCCGGGCGCCGGCACGGCACGGCUGCUACCUACCUCACCCAGGGCGGCGCGGGGGUUUCCACGCUUAGUCCGUCCCCUCCCAUCGCCCGCGCCUCUCCUCUCCUCCACAAGCCGUGCCGAAUCGUCUCUCCAAUCGGAAGAUACAAAUCCCAACUACUCCCAAGCUUGCUUCCUUCAACGCAGUCCCUAUCGCUCCGCCUCCGCACCGCACAGGAUGAGCGCCGCCGCCCCCGACGACGUCGUGCACGCCGGCGGGUGCCACUGCCGGCGCGUGCGCUGGCGCGUCGAGGCCCCCGCGAGCGUCGUGGCGUGGGUCUGCAACUGCUCCGACUGCUCGAUGCGCGGGAACCCCCACUUCGUCGUCCCGGCCGCCAGGUUCAAGCUGCAGCCCAGCGCCGAGGAGUUCAUCACCACCUACACCUUCGGCACGCACACGGCCAGGCACACCUUCUGCAAGGCCUGCGGCAUCACCUCCUUCUACACCCCGCGGUCCAACCCGGACGGCGUGGCCGUCACCGUGGCCUGCGUGGAUCCCGGCACGCUGCGGCACGUCGAGUACCGGGAGGCCGACGGGAGGAACUGGGAGGAGUGGUUCGAGCGAAGCCGCAUCGCCGGCUUCUCCAAGGGGGAUAAGGCGGAGGCGGCGGGGAAGUAGACCGCUCAGGUGUGCCGAACUGCCGCUGUGGCGGUAUGCCGAGCGAGUGCAUAAAUAAAAUCCUGGGCUCUUUGGGGCUGAUGCUUGUGAUAUGUGUAGCGAAAAUGGAUUAUUCCUUGAACUAAUUACAACAGACUUCAGUGGUUUAGUGAUGUAUGUAAACUGGCCAGAUAUGAAAGGUGUCAUAUUGGGACCGACUUUUACGGGUGUUCAAAUAAGGACAUGUAUGUUGCCUUCGAGUUUACCCAACAUGUAAGCUUAGUUUGUUUGCAAAUUUGUAGUAAUUAGGUAGCAGACAGUUUGGUUGUAUACAGUGCUAUAUAUGGUUGCUGUUUGCUGCUGGUUCAUAAAUGGUUUGAUCCCAUAAAUUUUGUAAAUUUGUAGUACUGCUUAUUCAGCA